ACAAGUGGCGGUGAAUUUGAAAAAAUAGAGCAUUAGAUUACAAGAAUUGAUAAUGAUAAGAUAACAGCGCCGUAUCAAGUGCACAACUUAUUGAGCAGCUCAAUUUAGUCAUGAAGUUGUUUUUUAUACGUUGAAACAAUGGAGAUUCCUCAAAAUCGACACACCCAGAGGGGUGAACGGGGUGAAAACAGAUUGGAAGAUCUUCACUUGGAUCGUGUUGUGGCUUCACACCCAGAAAUUGGACCCACCCCUCCAGAUGGUGGAUACGGCUGGAUGAUAGUGCUAUCAGCUUCAAUAUACCAUAUAACAGUGCCCACAGUUUUAAUCUUGUACGGUCUAAUAAUCCUAAAGUCUAUACGCGAGGAUAGCCAUGAAACAGGGGAGAAAAACAGGAUUUGGGACGAGGAUAUCGCGCUUGUGCCUGUUAUUAUGGUCGUGAUCAGACUUCUUCUAGAGUCAUGGUGCAGAGUGGUGGUGAAGGUGCUUAACAUGCCAAGGUUUACAGCCUUAGCCGGACUCUGCUUAACUGUGGCUGGAGUGUUGCUGUCAAGUUACUCCACAAACGAAUUCAGCAACGACCACAUAGUGAGCAUUUUCGCUGGUAUCUUUGCAGGAGCUGGCACCGCAUUGACAGGGCAGCAAACCGAUGUCAUCAUCACGCAUUACUUCAGGGAAAACCUCACGCUCGCCCAAAGACUCGUUCGAAUGGCACCCUCACUAGGCAACGCCUUGAUAUGCCUCUUAGUAGGCUACCUUUGCACUACAUACACGAGUGAUAUAGUCGUCAUGAUGCACGCAGCUAUACUCAUGCAGAACUGUCUGUUCCUGGCAGCUUACACUCGCCCAAUUUACAUUGAAAAAGUCUUAAGAUCAACCUACAACAUGAUCCGGGCGGUUGAAGAUGACGACGAAGUGAUUUUCUCGAAUCAGAACACGCAACAAAGAAUUGUUACAAUCCCGGAGCUGAACAACAGCGCAAGAACAACUCCGAGAACUGCCGCUGAAAAUGUUGUUUCGACACAAGACGAAGAAAAUGACGUUGUGGUAUUCAAUUCAAGGAAAGAUGCAAAGGAAAUCCUCGAUCCAGAAGUGCAGCAGAGGGAAAACAGCACGCAUGCAAGAUUUUCUUCGGAUUUCAGCAAUUACGACAGACCUGAUCGGUUUUCAUCAGAAUUUAGCGUGUUCGAUCGACCAAACAGAUUUUCAUCGGACUUUGGGACACUCGAUGUGUCUAGUUACAGUCGAAUAAGUGGUUACCAAGAGUUGGAAAAUAUCGACAGAGAUGGGCAAACUCCCCAGCCAUUAUACAGAGAAACUACAGUAAAUGCUCCCUCGAAUAGCUUAGCGUUUACCGCAGAUGUGACUCUAGGAACUGCUAGAAGAACGGCGACUAUGAAGAAAAACUUUAUAACUGUGAUGAAUAUGCUAAUAGAUUUGAAUUUCUAUUUGUACACGCUAUUACAUCUGUGCACGACCUUCUCUAUACUUGUGCUUGGUCUGCUGUUUCCAUCUAUGCUGUGGGAGCUGAACCCAUCCAUGAACAUUUGGUCUGUAGCAUCUGUAACAGCGAUCGCCCACACAGCAGCUCUCUGCUUCAUUAUGCUUUGCAUAGCGCUGCCAAAGAAUAUCAACGAGAAGGCGAAAUUAUACGCAACGAUCUGCGUUUGCGGUGCGAUUGGCUUCUAUGGCAUCACUCUAUCGGAACACAAAAGCUUUCUGGCUGUGUGGUGUAUGUUCGCGAGCUUCUCCACCGCAGCCUCCAGCGUAUUACAACAGCCUCUAUACAACGCGCUCAACGAAUUCGACACCACGGCCACAAUUACUACCGCCAACAUGAUAGUGGCGACAGUCAUAAUGGUGUGGUCAGUGGCUUACAACUACGAGUACAAGACAUGCUUCUUCAUCGCCAGUCUUCUGCAGACUGCCACCGCUUGCUUGUUUUUGGCGGCAUCUUUCAGACGUCGAAGAUAGACCAAAGUGCGGCCGUUGAAAGAAUGCGUUCCUGACAUUACUGACGUCUGUCAUGUUCAUAUACACCUAUAGAGUAUGGAGGGUAGAGGUAAGGAGAGUCAUCUUAUAUGGGAGAAAAGUUGAAAAAGUGUCCAGUUGUUGCGCUAAAUAACAGUUCAAA